UCCCCGUUUCUCUCUCCCCCUCUCUCUCUUCCCCCCCAAUCUCCCAGCUGAGCUUGAGCUCCCAAACCCUAGGCCUCACCGGGGAGCUAGCUCCGCCGCGCCAGGAUGCCGCUCGUCUCGGAGGCUUGACGAGUCCGGCCUCCAAAGUUUAUCUCUUCGGCGGCGGGCGCGGCGGGGUUGCUGUGGGAGGCCGGGCGGCGGGGUGCGGAGAUGGAGCCGAGGCGGAUCUCGGCGAGCCCGCGCCCGUGCAGCGGGCGGCGGGUCGUGGCGAGGAAGAGGCCGAGACAGGAGUCGGUCGUGAGCAGCGUGCGGAAGCUGCAGCGACGGGAAAUCAGCUCCCGCCGCGACCGCGCCUUCGCCAUGAGCGCCACGCAGGAGCGCUUCCGCAACAUACAGCUCCAGGAAGAGUUUGACACUCAUGACCCUAAGGAGAACAGUUUGCUACUCCCUUACUUGAGGAAAAGGUCAAAAAUCAUUGAGAUAGUUGCAGCGCGUGAUAUAGUCUUUGCUCUAUCACAGUCAGGAGUAUGUGCUGCUUUUAGUAGAGAGACAAAUGAGAGAAUAUGCUUUCUGAACGGAAGCCCCGAUGAAGUUAUCCGCAGUUUAUUUUUCAACAAGAAUAAUGAUUCACUCAUUACUGUGUCAGUAUAUGGUUCUGAAAAUUUCAGUGCUCUGCGAUGCAGAACAACUCGAAUCGAGUACAUUCGGCGUGGACAACCAGAUGCUGGUUUCCCUCUUUUCGAGACUGAGUCUCUGAAAUGGCCUGGAUUUGUGGAGUUUGAUGAUGUCAAUGGAAAGGUUUUAACUUACUCUGCUCAAGACAGCACUUACAAGGUGUUCGAUUUGAAAAACUACACAUUGCUGUAUUCAGUAGCUGAUAAGAAUGUUCAAGAAAUAAAGAUCAGCCCUGGGAUAAUGUUAUUGAUUUAUACAAGGACAAGCAGCUCUGUUCCUCUGAAGAUUCUUUCCAUUGAGGAUGGUACAGUCUUGAAGUCCUUCAGUCACCUUCUCCAUCGUAACAAGAAGGUGGAUUUUAUUGAGCAGUUCAAUGAAAAGCUUCUGGUCAAGCAGGAAGGAGAGAAUCUUCAAAUUCUUGAUGUAAGGAACUUCCAGUUGACAGAAGUCAGCACGACUGAGUUUAUGACUCCAUCUGCCUUUAUUUUUCUGUAUGAGCUGCAACUGUUCCUGACUUUCCGGAAUCGAUCGGUAGCAGUUUGGAACUUUCGAGGUGAACUGGUCACAUCAUUUGAAGAUCACCUGUUGUGGCACCCUGACUGCAACACAAACAACAUAUACAUAACAAGUGAUCAAGAUCUUAUUAUUUCGUACUGCAAGGCUGAUUCCACUGAUUCAUCUUCAGAAGAAAAUGCUGGCUCUAUAAACAUAAGCAGCAUACUGACAGGAAAAUGCUUGGCAAAAAUAAACCCUGGAAAUGGAAACUCAUGCAAGCAAAAGAAAGCAUGGAAGUUCCAGAAUACAGUCUCUGAGGCCCUUGAGGACAUCACAGCUCUGUACUACGAUGAAGAGCGUGAUGAGAUCUACACUGGCAACCGGCAUGGCCUUGUUCAUGUGUGGUCGAACUGAAAGCUGAAAGCUUUCACCUACAGCAUGGUGAUCUUCAGCUUCACCUGUAUGUGUAUUAACAGCCAGUACCUCAUGUGGUGGGGCUAUGAAGGGACCCCCCAGCUCCCAGGGCCCAGGUACCUAGAGAUGCUUCAUUUUUUGAGGCGAUUCUUAUUUAUCCCUGCCUGCCAAUAGUUCUCCAUCCAUUCAGACCCCCCUCAGAUUUGUUGUAGAAUUGACGCUCGUCAUGCGUUUUCACCGUAGCCUGUAGCUUUUGGAAAUGUUGAUCAUGUCCCUCAACUCAGUCCCAGAGUGAGUUCAAGUGUAACGGAUGUACCUUGCUCGUAAUGAAAUUUAUUCGUUGAGUUUUCAUCCGUUGAAA